UUUGCUGUCUAUCUUAGCUUUUCCUAUGCAUCCAGCAGUGUUUCUCCUGUCCCCCUCCCCUCCCCCUCGACCCACUUCAAAGACUAGAAGCGCUUGGUGUAUAAAUUAGUCUUCCAUUCCAAUCCUGUGCCACAAAGGGUGAGCACCCUCCAAAUGCGUGGAUAACUAUCAGAAGAUAGGAUUGAGGAUUCUGAUCGAUUUGGGUCGCCGGCAGCGAUGGAAAGUAAGGUUCAGUGAAACGGUCCCAAAUUCGGAUAACAGUCAUCCACACAGACAAUUUAACCGAGUCUUUUGCCUUAUCCUAGAGAGAAAGGAGAUGCCUCUUCUAUGUCCCUUUCUAGCUGGAAUCUUGACAACAUUACUGUAACCCGGAAAGAACCACCACCCUUUUUCUGUUCUAGCCGAAAAAGAAAUUCUUAUGUGUACGCAAGAAAGGAAAAAUAGAACCGCCUUGCUUGCCUCUCUUUUAGACUUUUAAGCUUCGUGAACCCUUCUGCAAGACCCUUCAAAAACAUUUUUAAAAAAAUCCCAUCUUUUUCUUUUUUUCUGCAAUAGCGGAUAUGCAUCGCCGCUUGGUCGAGACAGAGCUGAGUUUGCCACCGGAAAAUGGGAACAAGAUGCGUGACUCGUACAUCAGCGAGACCAACUUUGACACCAACAUGGUGAUCAUAUUGGCAGCCUUGUUAUGCGCACUGAUAUGCGCGCUUGGGCUGAACUCAAUCGUGCGCUGCGCCUUCCGCUGCAGUCGAAGGUUUGCGUUGGAGACCCCGGACCAAACGGCUGCACGGCUAGCUGCCACGGGCCUCAAGAAGCGCGAUUUGCGUCAGAUUCCGGUGGCGAUUUAUGGGUCCGGUGUGAAUAUCAAGGCCACGGAGUGCGCAAUCUGCCUCGGUGAAUUCGAGGACGGUGAGAACGUUCGGGUGCUGCCAAAAUGCAAUCACGGGUUCCAUGUGAGCUGCAUAGACACGUGGCUUUUGUCGCAUUCAUCGUGCCCAAAUUGUCGGCAUUCACUGCGGGAGCACCCAGUAACAGGUUCAGGUACAAAUCCACAAGUUUCACCGGCAGAGCCAUCGGGAAAUGGGGCCGGCCGGCGAGAUAGCGUUGUCAUAGUGGUUAACGAGGCAAGUUAGGUGUAUUAAUGGUGGCAAUCACGUCGAAAUUGUGUGACACCAUGGUGCAUGCUGAUGAAGUUUUUUAGGUGGAGGUAUUGCAAAUGCUACGGGGUUCUUCUUUCGAAUUAUUUUGUAGUUAUUUCACCGACUCUGUUGAGAUUUCCAGAAGUAGUAGCAGUAGUAGUGGUGUUACAGUGUAGUAUCAGCAGCCAUCAUUUUGAGUUAUGGAAUUUGAAUCAAUGAUUUGGAUGUGAAACUGCCCAUUUUGUAUUAUAAUGGAGUGGUGAAUUAGACAAA